AUGGAUAUGCAAAGGAAUGAAUUCCAUAUGCUGAGUGAAAAAUUAAUUGAGCCAUUUUUAGUUAGUUUCAGUUGUCACACUGUGCUGUUCCUUGUAGGUGUGACAAUCACAAUCGUUUUAAGUAAUUUUAAUAUUUUCUUUUUUUCAGAUAUUGACACUGAUAUUUUUGACUCCAACCAUGGUGCACUUGAUCUUUCUCAAAAGAACUAUGCUCCAGCACAGAUCAUUAUAAAACAGGAACCAUCAGAAAAGGAAAAAAUUGCCAACAGUACCAGAGCUAGCAAUAAUACCAACAUAGCAACAGUUGCAAAUAUUACUAACAGUAUCAGUAACAAUAGCAGCAGUUGUAAUAACAUUGUCAGUGCUAUAAAUGCUAACAUCACAAAUAUCAGCGAGGAUGACAAUAAUAUCAUCAGUAACAGUAACUCUAUUGACAGCCCACUUUCAAACAGCACUACUCUGCCCACUUCCAAUGUUCAGCCAACACUGAUAUUUAGCACAACAACCAGCUGUCCAGUGAAAACAGAGACCCCAAUUUUACCAAACAUAUCAAUAAAAUCAGAACCUACAGAAUUUAUGGAUACUAGUUCAGAUCAUUCAGGUUAUGAAUCCAUGAAUCUUCCACCCACCCCUCCCAGUAGCAACACCAGUGACAGUGAAGGUAGCUUCAGCCCUCUGCGUUCUGCACCAUCAAGUCCAGUACGGCCAGUAUCAACAGCAAAGCCACUUCCAUCCAACAGUACUAAACAUAUUUCUCAACCAUUGUUUACUAACCCGAUCCCUCAGUCUGGCUAUCUUGUAUUAAGUGAAGAAGAGAAGAGGACAUUAAUUGCUGAAGGUUACCCUAUUCCAGGGAAGUUGCCACUAACCAAGCAAGAAGAAAAAAAUCUAAAGAAAAUUCGCCGGAAAAUAAAGAAUAAGAUAUCUGCUCAAGAAAGUCGAAGGAAGAAGAAAGAAUAUCUAGAAACUCUAGAGAAACAAGUUGAAGCAUUCACGCAAGAAAAUGUGGACCUGAAAAAAAAAGUUGAUUCUUUAGAGACUAACAACAGGUCACUCAUUGGUCAGUUACAGAAACUUCAAGCUCAGUGUGGGAAAAUCCCACGAUCCAGUUCAGCCUCUUCCACACAGACUGGGACUGUUCUCAUGGUUGUCGUGCUGAGUUUUGCUGUCUUCCUCGGCAGUUGGGCACCAACAUCUCUGAACAUUGGUUACUCAUCUCCGUCGAAUCAACCUGAUAUCUUCUAUUCUAAUCCACGUCCUAUGCAUCCAUCACCUUCAAUGGGGCCACAGUUGCAGAAUGUCCGAGUGGCUGACUAUCCAUCUCAUAGCAUGAAAUCACGUGUACUGUUGUCUGUUAGAGACGAGCUUGAAGGCGAUGGUUUGUUUGGUCCCAAUGUUCCAAUGAAGAAUACAGCAGACCACCAUGCUGACUCUCCUCUAAAGGCCAAUAAAAGCCAUAUGGGAACAAAGCCAAUAAUGUGGCAACUGUUAUCUUUCAAGGUGCCAUAUAUUGUCAACUUUCCCCUGACCAAUAGCUCCAGAUUGGAAUUACCAUUUUCAAUUGCCCUACAAGAUAAUUUCCACAACAAACAAGCUGCGACUGGAUAUCACAACUUCUGCUGAGAAUUUACUAAUUUUGGCAUCUGGUAACACUACUGCUAAAAUUGAAAAGCCCUUAAUAUGGACAGUUAACAAAGAUUUAUAAUUAUUUUUCUUUUCUUCUUUGGGUUUUUCUCUAAGACUUUAUUACAUAAACUGGAGGCUGUCAUGCAAGAGAACUAGAUUUCUUUAUCUUUCUUUUCAAUAUUGUAUUCUUCCCCCCACCCUUCUUUUUCCUCUUCUCUCAUGUUCAUGUGAUAACUGGUAAUACAGAAUACCCUGUGGCAUAAAUAUAAUGUCAACAUCACAAUACAUAGUUUACAGCAUUUCUUGUUGAAAGGUUCUUUGCAAAUCUUUUGGCAGAACUAACAUGUGAAAGAAGUAAGGUGUGUAUUCUUCAUCAUUGCUUCUUUACACCUUCAUUUAUGAUUGAGGAAUGGGGUGAAAAAUAUGUUUACUGCUGUUGUAGUUUCUAAUUAAAUUAUUGUAGAAAUGAAUUGGUCGAUUUAGAUAUUAAAAUCUUGUUGAGUUAUCUAAACUCUAUGUAUAAUACAAGGUAGGGAACAUUUAAUAGGUCUGUUUUCAUUCUGACUGUUGUCUAUAGCUUACUUGCUAUAAACAGUCUGGUUGAAUUUCCCAAUAACUGAACAGAUCUUUUUCUCUAGCUGCUAUUUAAUGUGUCUCUCCAAUUUUACAAUUUUUCUUGCCUUCCACAGUUGUGCCAGUGGGGUUAGGGAAAGUGGAAAUAGAGCUUUCACCUUUGAAGUUGAUUUAAUGUUGCAGUAAUCUGCAUUAUUUAAUUUUUGUUUUAAAUCCAGGGACCACAUAAGUGCUGUGCAAGCACCUCCCACUACAUACAUUUAUCGUCUUAAAAAUUAGAUCUCUCUUCCUCUACAGACAAAACAUAACAUUGCUUAAUAAAUUUCAAUUAAAAAAAUAAAAAUUCUACAUGAAAGUUAAAUAGUAACCAAAGAUCCAUCUCAUUCCUCUUGUUGAUUACAUAGAACUUGCCAGUUUUCUUUUUCAUGUCUACUAUCUCGGGGACUUUAAUUCCCUAGGGCCUACUUUUAUUCUCUAGAAUUUACUAUACUUGAGGCCUUUUAUGUUCUGGAUGGUUUUACAAGUAAAAUCUGUUAUAUUUUAAAUGUUACUAUUGAAUAUUUUUUUAGUAUUUCCAGAUUAUCAAAAUUAUAUAAAAUUCAAUGAAUUUGAUAUGUAUAUUUGUGCAAUAGAAGCUAAUAGAUACUAAAAGUAGAAACUUAUUUUUUCUUCUAAAUUAUUUUCACAAAAUGUAUUGAAACAAAAACACAAAAAGUGGAAUUUUUUAUGUAUGUAAAGUAAAUAUUUUUAAUAACUAUAAAUAAUUGACAAAAAAAGAUUAAUUAAAGUAAAAUUAUUUUUAAAAGGCUGCCAAACUAGCAGCAUCACUCUUGUUAUGUGAGAGAAUUCUACAGAAGAAUCUUACUGGUUCAAAAAGUUAUGUUCAUGAUAUUGUGUUGGUAAUAAAAACACACAUUUGUUGUCUGUGUGUUUUCCUAUAAUAUUGUUAAAAUAUCAAAUGAAUAUUAAAGAUAUAUAAAUAUAUGUAUAUUUUUACAAACAUAUGCAGGCACGCUCUCUUAAAUCUGAAAAUUGUACCUUCAUAAUAAUCACUGUUAUAAAAUUAAAACAAAUCUUCUCUCUACUGUGGCCCAUCAUUCUAUCAUGUAAUCAACCCACACUUGUUUUCCAUCCAUAUCACAGAAAAUAAUAUCAUUAAACUAUAUUUAUGAAUGUCUUUUUAUCUCGUAUCAUCAAAUAUGUCCAUUUAUUUUCUUCAUAAAAUAUUUUAUUAUUCAUGGUUGAAAGGUUGAUAUUUUGAUAUUUUAUGGCAUGCUGUUAUAUGCAUAAGAUGGCUCCCAAAUCAGCCCAUACAUUCAAUACAUAAUGAUAUAUGUAUAUAAAUCAAUUUACUUUGUUGAUAUUCAUUCCGAAGACUAUAAAUAAAACAAUGUAUGGGCAAAGUCA